AUGGAAGAGUCGUGUGCCCGACUUGACAGUUCGCCGGCACAGCUGCAGUUGCAAAUCCACGAGUUGCACAGCCAGAUUGAGCAUCUUAGAUCUUAUACGGCUUUUUUGGAGCAGCGCUUGCAUCGUAUUGAGCAGGUCUUGCCCAACCUUUGUACUCCCAGGGACGACGCAUUGAGCCAGUUCCACGUGCCGGGCAACCUCUGCCCGUUCCUGUUUCGGCAGUCCUUCGCAGAAUCCAACCAACAGCGGCAAAGUACUUCAUCGUUUCUCUUGAAAGCUGCCCCGAAGCGAAAGCCAGCAAAGGCGGCCGAUCCCCACCAUCCCAAGUUCCAGCAGAUUGCAGGUUUCUCCCAGAUGGCCUUGUCACUGUUUUGGGGUGUGCUUGUUUUUAUGGGUGAUUGUAGUGGAUUGUUCAAGCAGAUUCAGUGCUCCGAAUUUGCCAGUCAUCACACCUCGCGAAUUCUUUCCGGGUAUGCCACGAACACGGUGCUCCGUUACCUGGCAGCUUGGUCACACUUUGUGGCGAACCUUGAAGGGCUAGGCCUCUGUUUUGGCAAUCUUGAUAGUGUUAUGAUGGCAGACAUACUUGUCACCAUGUCCCUGGAGAAGCAUGGUAUUCUGUCUCGUGGGACGCAUUCUUGGGUUAGCAAAUACCUGCAUGCCCUUGACAGGCUAGCUACAAUGCAUGUUCGAAACCACCCAGAUUCGUGGCUUCCAUCGUUCUUGCUUCCAGCAGUGCAAGGCGACAGCUUCAUGUUCCCCCUGCAAGCUAUGAGCUAUGCUGAGGCGCUGAGGUGGUUGAGGCAUUUUCUCCUCAUGCCUUGGGCAUCCGCACCACCAGAGGUACCGCCCCUCAAUUUCACAGUGCACAGUCUCAAAGCCACUAUGCUUUCCAUGUCCCUUCAAGUCAAUGUUGAUGAGGUUGAUAGGAAACGUCAAGGGCACCACCGCAUAAGCAGCUCCGCUCUUUAUUCCCGUGAUGAUGUUCAUGGCAUGCUUCGGUGCCAAUCUUGCAUUCGUGAUAGCAUCCGCACAGGCUUCCGAUUUUUGGUCCCCCAGCACAGAGGAGGGCAGCAGCCCUUGACACCAGCGUACAUCCCGCCGGAAGCCUUCUCUAAGGACUACGAGUUUGAACCCUUCCAGUGGUUCUCGUUUCCACUUGAUGGCAGUGACGAUUUGCUUCAAAGCAGUAAUGGGAGUUGGGAGGUCGCAGAAAAUCAAAUAGUCACCCCUGAUCCAGAUAUAGAGGUGCUGGACAAAGAUCUCGUGUACCACUCCGACCCAGGAUCUUCAGAUGAGAGCGAUGAGGAACCUUCGGGACCCCCGGCCGAAGAGCACGACUUAGGUGAGCCUGAGGAAUUCUUGCUGGGCUCCUGCACCGCGGUGUUGCAUGUGCUCUGCCCUUCAGAUGCUUUGUCAGGCACUCUUGUCAAUGGGACAUAUAUGCGUGCAAAGUGUGGUGCCACUCUUCCGGCCGAUCGGCUCAUGAUCCACACGUCAGAAGGCUUGGCAGCAGAGGUCAUCAAAGUGGCCACGGAAGGGGGCUGGACAGCCUCGGCGUUCAAACACGUUGUUGAAACUCAGGCAGAAGUUGAGGGAGCCAUCCCCGAGAUCUUCCCAGGUCAGAUUUUGUCUCGGUUGCAGAUAGCCCAGAUCAAAGCAGCGUGGGCGGGCAUGCAAACAUCCAGUUCCUCUAGUGCUCUACCGGCCCCUGUCAACGCAGAUCCUACUUUGGAGACAUGGGUAGAGAGUUUUGCUCCCAAAAUUGCAUCCACGAAGCUGUCCGAAAUGAAGCGCCAAUUCCUCGCAAAUUACCCAAGUGAGGUCUUGAAUCCAUCUACUCUACCCUCUUUGAGGCUGAUUUCCCUCGCAGCUCAUCAAGAGGCACGUUCGGAGUAUAAAUGGAUAGCUUGGAAACAUCGCAUGACGGAAGAGAAAGCUUCGGAGUUGUUAAUUGCCAGACCCCACAAACAGCCCAAGCUCGAAAUGCUGGGUCUUUCCAGCUUGCUCCUUGAUGAUCCGCCUACAAUCGAAGUGACCGAUGCCAAUAUGGGUAUCAGUGGCAUCCAGCGAAUCUUGGCAGUGCAUGACGUUGCGUUGGCCAUGGUUGGCUCUGCUCACCUUGCCCGCCUUAAAGCCUACAGCUGCAAGUUCGUCCAGCUUGUGUCCCAGCGUUUCGACCCAACAUCAGGCCUGCGUGCACCGACAAUCCUAGAAGCGCAACAGGCAGAUUGUCGGAUUUGGCAGAGCAUCCAUUCUUUAGUCAGUGAGAAAGCUUGGAGCUUGAAUGACGCGUUGCAUGAGUUCACUGAAAUCAGAGGUGAGCUUAGCACCUUGCUGCAGGCUCGUCCGAAAGCUUUGUUCAUCCCCCGCGGCCCCGAUCUCAAAGGCAAGGGGAAGCAGGUCGGCCAAUGGAAAGGCCUCGGCAAGGGCCAGGGCCGGGGCAAAGAAAAGGGCGGUAAGCCCAAGGGCGCUCCAGGGAGACACAUCACCUUCGUGAAAGAGAUCCAAGUGGGAUCUGAGAAGAAAGGGCUGUGUGUCCAGUGGCAGAUUGGCCGCUGCACAAGGGGAGGCUCCUGCCCCUUUGUUCAUGCAUGUGCAUACCCCAAGCAGGCAGGUGCAAAUCGUGUUGCUGGGUAUGAUAUCCAGCCGGCAGCUCGGCCAGCCGAGCCUGUAAAUGUGCUUCCGAAAUCGGUCUCCUUGUUGGAGACAAAUGCUGGGCCUGUGUCGUCGCCAGCAGUGCAAUGUCCUCAGGGCAACAUCCCUUCACAACCCGUGUUGGGUGAUGUCACGUGCAACAUGCCUGGUCGUUCCAGGAAUGAGGUAACACCCGGGCAGGAGCGUUACUUCAGCGGCUCCGGGGGAAUCGGGAUACUGGAACUUUGGGGUGCGCCUAGGGAAUCCUUCGGCCCGUUCAUCAGUUACGGUGAGACUUGGAAUGCCUUGUGUGUCAGCAGGAACAUUUUGACGUCCCCGCACAAGGACACAGCAAAUUUGCCGGGGUCGUCAAAUUUGACAGUGGGGAUAGGUUCGUACUCGGAUGGAGGCCUUUGGGUCGAGGACCAAGCAGGCACUGUACCGCAGUUCAUCCCCAAGCUUGGGGUGACUCUCCCGGGCAAGAUCGUCACAACGCAUCAUGCGCCGUUUAAGUUCCCCGUGCACCUUUGGCACUGCACCCAACCGUGGCUUGGCGAUCGAUGGGUGCUGACUGCCUUUACCCUCCCAGGUGUUGUGGGGUAUUGUGCGGCAUCCCCUUGCUGUUCGGAAUACUCCCGCCUGAAACUCUUUGGAGGUGCUAUGUCCUGGGAAGAAUCGUGCGUUCAAGGCUGGUUGCACUGUGGGUCUACAGCCCUCAUUGUCCUCCCGGCCUGUGCUUUUGGGGAGAACUGGGCAAAAACUUGGCUGUUUGCAUCGAGCUUUCAAGCCCUGUCCGUGAUGGGGCAGACGUGUCAACACGGACGCAAUGCACAUGAGUCCGUGCAGGGACGUGAGAGUGAUGGUUCGUUCAAAAGUCGUAAGACCGCUAAGUACCCCCAAUGCCUGGCGGAAGAAUUCGCGUUGCACAUCAGGUCGCCACUCUUGUGGGGAUUGGAGCACCCCAUUGUGCCAGGAUAA